AUGAUCGCGACCAACAUGAUCAAGGAUGUGCGAGUCCCUCUCAAGUCGGGUGGAGCAACUACAUGUCGAGGAUGUCAACAAGGGAAAAUGGUCCAAAAACCAUUUCCAAGCAACCGAGACAAGCGCAGCUACGAUACGUUUGAGCUACUUCAUCUGGACAUCUGCGGGCCCAUGGAAAAGGAUUCGCUCGGUGGCAGCAAAUAUUUGCUGCUGAUCAUCGACGAAGCCAGUGGAUGCAUGAAGGGCUUUUGUCUACGAGUGAAGUCCGAGAGUGAAGACUACAUCCGGAAAUAUAUCACCAUGGUACAGACGCAAUUCUGUAAGAAGGUCAAGUUCGUGCGACACGACGGAGCUCGCGAGUUUGCAACCAACUCGCUUCAACUGUUCUACGAAGACGAAGGCAUUGAACAGCAGACAACGGUGCCGUAUGCACAUCAAACAAACGGAACAGCAGAGCGUGCCAUUAGGACUAUUGUCACGAUCGGCCGCAGCAUGCUUCAUCAUGCCAAACUGGACAAGUGUUUCUGGGCCGAAGCAGCGAUGACGGCCAUCUACGUCAAGAAUCGACUGCCGUCACCUAAAGUCGUGCACAAGACCCCGUUUGAGAUCGUCUACAACUUGAAACCAAGCGUCAAGCACAUGCGAACAUUCGGAGAAUCGACUCAAGUGGGAUCAAAGGCUCGCGCUGGCAUAUUCGUGGGCUACGAAGAAGUUUCGAAGGCAUAUCGUGUUUAUGACAUCGAGGCGGGGCAGGUGGUUAUCAGCCGCGAUGUCAACUUCGACGAGUCCACCUUUGGACUUCAACUGCCGAUCACUGAUGAAGAUGUCGAUGACCUGGACUUCGAAUUGCUGGAUCUUGAUGACGAAGAGCUGCGUCAAAUGGAGUACAAGCAAACAGGCAAGCGCAAGAACCGACUCAAUGAUGAAGAUACAGCAGCUCCACGACCGCGUGCAGUGCGUCAACGACCAGGACUAGAAGAGUCAAGCGCGCCGGAAAACAACUCGUCACGACAAGAAGAAGACGAAGAAACGAAGGAUUCUGGUGAUUCAACACCGCCUGUGUUUUGGCGUGCGAGUGCAAAUGCCGUUGAAGCAGCAGUGGACUUAUCAGAACCCUCAACAUUUGAAGCAGCAGUAAGCGGCCCUGACCAAGUGCACUGGAGAAAAGAAAUUCAUGCAGAGCUCGAGUCAAUGCGACUUCGCGGUGUGUUUCGUGCAGCCAAGCUGCCCAACGGACAACGCGCCAUUGGCACAAAAUGGGUGUUCAAGAUCAAGCGUAAAGCGGAUGGAUCUAUCGAGAAGUACAAGGCACGACUUGUGGCCAAGGGUUUCCGCCAAAAGUAUGGCAUCGACUACACGGAGACGUUUUCGCCUGUGGUCAAGUAUGUGACGCUGCGAAUGGUGAUCGCAAUUUCCAAGCAUUUUGGAUGGCCCAUCGACCAGCUUGAUGUGGUGACAGCUUUCCUGUAUGGCGUCAUGAAGGAACAAGUGUUCUGCGUGAUUCCUGAAGGCGUCGAACUUGACAUGUCAGGCUUCGACCCAUGUCUCUACAUCAAGAUUUCGGACGGCCAUUGCGUGUUUAUACUGGUCUACGUGGACGACGCCUUGGUGACUGGAAGCUCACUCGAGCUGAUUGCACAAACCAAGAACGACCUGAAGACGCGGUUCGAAAUGACGGACAGCGGCAAGUGUGCAUUUGUUCUUGGAAUUGAGCUUUUGGACGGUGAAGAUGGCAGUGUGACACUAUGUCAGCGUCGGUAUGUCGAUGAUAUCCUCAAGCGAUUUAGCAUGAGUGAUUGCAAGGCUGUGUCAAGUCCAGUGGACAUGAGCUCUCGACUCGUUUCAAGCGAUGCAGCUACCAAGGUCGAUGCUCCUUUUCGCGAAGCUGUUGGUGCGUUGAUGCACCUGACCACUGCAACGCGUCCGGACAUUGCGUUUGCUGUGGGCUAUGUGUCGCGGUUCAUGGAAAAUCCCCAAGAAGAACACUGGGUUGCAGUUAAGCGUAUCUUUCGCUACCUACAAGGCACCAAGACGCAUGGAAUUUGCUACGAGCCAAGUGCAAGGAUCGACUUCCGUGGAUAUUCGGAUGCGGAUUGGGCUGGUGAUCUUACCGACCGCAAGUCAACAUCGGGGUACACGUUCAUGCUACUCGGUGCGCCAGUCAGUUGGGGCAGCAAGAAGCAGCCAAGUGUUUCGUUGUCCACGAGUGAAGCCGAAUACAUCGCACUCAGCUUGGCGAUUCAAGAGGGCAAGUGGAUUCAUCGUCUGCUUUGUGAGAUCGUGAUGGCUGCCAAUGAAGAAGGACCGGAACUCAUGAUCCAUGAAGACAAUCAGUCGUGUAUCAAGAUGACGAAGAACCCAGUCAACCACGGCCGUGCCAAGCACAUUGAUAUCAAGUACCAUCACAUCCGUGAUGAGGUCAAGCGCGGUGAAGUGAAGCUCAAGUACUGUGAAACUGCGGUGAUGUUAGCGGACAUCAUGACGAAGGGACUUCACGGGCCACGCCACAAGGAGAUGACGACGACUCUCGGGAUUUGUGCGUGUUCGCAUUGA